AUGACCCUACAUUCCGAUGCUUCGCAGGGGCCCCACGAGACCGUUGCCUCGUCGCCCCCACAAUCGACGAUCCCAGUAACCUCGUCCGAGAGUCGCUUUCACAGUCUCCCCUCACACCGUCGCUCGAAUACCGAGUAUAUUGCACGGCCCCCUAUCUUUGAAGAAGUCUACGAUUCGACGUACGAUCGCCCCCUCAAGAAUCGAGCAAUCCCAACCUGGACGGAUACAUUCCCCAAGAAGAAGCUCGAAGCCAAAGCAAGGAUCUUGUCAGAUUGGUUCCAGGGCAAGCCAGAGCCAGGCGAUUUGGGAAUCACCACACGCCCGGACACUCACCCCGACACGAUUGGGAUGGAUACCGCCCAUCUUGGGGCGGGGACCCCGUCACAUAUCCGCAAGAACUCGGCUCCAGGCCCGGGGCGGUUCUCAUUUUUUGGUCUGCGUCGACAGCCGGAGCAGAGGUUUGACCCGCCAGAGCCUGCAGAUGAUGAGUUCCUAAACCUGGAUAUCUUUGCGGCCUUGUCCUUGCCAAAUUCCGAUGCGACCAGCGAUGAAGCUUUCGAUGACCUCCGAGACCAGGCCACGACAGUCCUGCAACGCAUGCAAGAAGCCUAUAAACAAAGAACCUUUGCCAUGCACCAGGCCCUGGCAGAUCGAAACGAAAAGCAAGAAGAACUUGAGGAGACUCGUGCACGGGUGAGCCACCUGAAGAUACAGCUAGACGGGAUGGCCGCCAAAGUCCUAGACCAGGAGAAAGCCAUGCAGGCCAUGGCCGAAGAGCUGGAGCAGGAAAGGCGCAUGCGCCAGCGUGAGGAAUCUCGCAGCCGCAGCCGCGCCAUCCCUGUUAUUCCUGCUGAAGACGAUAUCCCUUCACUUGCGCUCCAAACGCCUCACCGCAGCGGCAAGCGUACCAGCCACGGCACCUUCACCAGCGAUUCUGGCUUCGAGUCUGGGGACGAGAGCGUUGCCGACAGCGUUUUCUCACAAAAAGAGAGUGUGGAAUCCCCGACAUCCACCCUUACCGCCUCGUCGCCGAACCUCUCACAGGUUGCCCUGUCCACGCCCUCGUCGCUCCCGACCCCGAUGCCCACCAUCCAAAAGAACCUCGUCGCUAUCACCACAACGCCCGCACCGACCCGCUCAUCAACAUACGACCGGGUCAUAAAGGGACUUGCUUCCACUCGCUUGGGUAGUUCUUUUGUUGGGAACGUGAAUAACUGUACUAAUUGCCAUGGUGUUCGUGCUUCGGAAGCUUGGAGCGUCAUGGGUGUACUCAAGGAUGAGAACCGGGGCCUCAAGACGCGACUUGGGGAAUUGGAACUGGUCAUUGAUGACUGUUUAGGUCUUGUUGGUCCUUAA